ACAUGUAAUAUUUUAAUAUUUACGUAUACAUAUUACGUUCGAGAUGAAAACUAUUUAAAGGGUUCUUAAAGUUGAUGGACUGGUAAAUUUUAUUUUAAAUACAUUAGGGUGUAUGUGUGUUCCUAUGGAUCGUUUCUAUAGCAGCUAUUUAUUUACUUGUCGUGCCGAGAAAUAGUACGUUGUGAAAAAUAUGGAUCAGCCAGACAAGGACUCCAUAGAAGCCCUCGAAGCUGAGGCCAAAAUAUUGGGCACGGAACUGGCAUUGCAAAAUGCCGGGAAUGAGAACAAUAGGCUCAAGCUGGAGAUCACAAAGUUGGCAGAGGUCCUGGAGAAGCAGAGGAUGGUUUUGGAGAAAGCCGACGACAACAGAAAGGAAGCAAAGUUAAUUUUCUCAACUCUGAUGGAGUUAAAUAAGAAUGGCGGCAGUGACUGGACAGAGUCACCUAAUCCACUGAACAGCGGAGCACCCACUGAGGAUACCGACGUAGUUGAAGAAAGUAAACUUUCCCAGUAGAAUCAUCCUUUCACCUCAUUUUGUUACCCAAAAUGUUUCUUAGUCCUCGAGUUAAAAUCAAUUGUUAUCUUUAUUUGUCUAAAGUUAAAGAACGAACUAUAUAAAACAAAAUUUAGUAUAACCAUCCAGAUGGAUUUCAGCUAAAAUAAUGAACUAUUUUAUAUAAAGGUUUGAUUAAUGUUCUUGUGGGCUAAAAAAAUGUUUAUCGUUAUUAA